AGACUAGCUCUGUCGACCAGAGUAGUAGCCACGCCAGGGCCCAGAUGGAAAUAGAGCCUGCAAAGCUGCGAGCUUCGACAUUUCGGGAAGAAUGUUCAGUUGCUAGGCAUCAGAUGUUAUAGAAUUACUCCGCGCGAUGCAUGGGAGAGCGAGGGUAGCGCCCAUAGUUGGUGCACCAUCAGCUGGCAGGUACGAAGAAAGCGCGAAUGGCAACGAGGACUCGCGGGAUUUGCGGCUUGGCGCGAUGCAGAAAUGGCAGACCGUACCGAUUGGAAGCGAAGCCAGCCUCCGGGAGUUAAGACUCAUCCCUCUACUAUUUUCCCGUGGCAUCCCCGUUGAUCACCGCACGAUUCACAGCGUCGAAACUCUCCCAGUCGUCGCAGCGACGACCGCGCGUCGCCGUAUCAUUAACGCAGCGGCUGGUAUCGUUCUUCGCACAGCUGCGAAGGAGGAUUUGAAAGGUCCAAAUGGUCGCGCGGCGCCGCAUCCUCGAUUUCCCGAAGGGCCCCUUCACCCCGGGGUACCGCCGCUGCGCGCAAACGCCGCUGCGCAACCCCCGCACACGCCGGUGGGAAGGGUCGCUCAUGGCGUAGUAAUUAAAGCUCCUCAUCCCUCGAGCGUAGUCGCCCCUGAACCGCCACGACCGCCGGUAUUCGCGGACGUCGAUGUGACUCAGUACGUGCAGUGGCACCGUCGGGUGGCGGAAAGUGCGGGGAAGGGGGACUUGCGCUCGCAGUGCGCGGGGUUCCGCCGAUAUCCGCUUCCGGGGAACGGGGGAGAUUGCGCAGCCGAUCGUAGCUGCGCCGCCGCGGAAGCUGCUGCGCCCACUCCGCCACCGGCUGUCGACGCCCUGCGCACAACCUCCGCCAACAGCGCCGGCCCUUCCGCUGCUGCUACUACUAGCAGCAGUCAUAGGAGCCCCGCCGUUUCCGCCUUGGUGGAAAAAAUGAGCGGAGGUAAUACUAGCUCACAUGAAGGAGGUAAUACUGGCUCUGGAAGUAGCGAGAGCAGCAGUACCGCGUUCAGCGCGCCCAAUUGCGUGGCCGACGAGUCGUCGGACGAGUGCGCCGAGCUGACUAUUCGCAUCAAUUCGCGGUCUCGCCUGCGCGUGGUAACCUCCGCGGCCGGCGUUGCACGGUGCCGGUCGAGAAACCCUUCCGGCCUGCCGACGGGAACAACCACGUGCGGCACGCGCCAACCACGCUUGGCCACGUGUAUCACCGCGACUCGCGGAGAGGGACGGUCGACGGGCGUGGUGAGAGCGACGAAGGCGGAGAGGGGGGAGGAGUGGGAGAGGGGAGAGGUGGAUGAUGACGAGGAGGAGGCAGUUCUUGCAAUGCCGGUGGGCAGAGGGGAGGUUGGAGGAGCGGGUGUAGGGGAGGGGGAGAUGGCAGGGUUAGGGGGAGUCGAGGGAUGGAGGGGAAAGAAAACGGAAAGCGGAGGAAGUCUGUGCGAUGCUGACGUGGAUGAUGAAGGUGAUAAUUAUGAUGGCGACGACGUUGUCACGUGCAGGCCAGUUGCGGUUAGGGUAACUUGCUUCGUUACCCCCGUAAUAUGGCGGGGGGGUUCGAAGAGCGCAAUAGGGAAAUCGCCAGCGAGGGGCGCGGUGGGAGGGCGGAAGGCAGCUGCGCGCGUGGCGGGGGGAGCAGCGCUGGGGCGGGUAGCGCGGAGCAGUGCUGGCGGAAUUAGCAGCGCGGCGGGGGGAGGCGCGGAUGAGGGGAGCGGCAGUGGAGGGCGGAUUGAGAACGCAGCACGGCGUCAAAGUGAUGACGUGGCGGGGCGAGGAGCGAGGAGAUCAGGGCGCGGGGCAGCAGAGGGGGCGGUGAGGGGACGAGGAGAGUCAGCAGCAGUGGAAGGUGCGGCAUACUCAAUCGCAAGGGCAGCUGACUCUUCCCCCGCGGCAGCAAAGCCCCCCGCAGCGAGAGCAGAAUCAGUGGCAGCACGAGACAGUGUGUGCGCGGUGCCGCCAGUGCUGCUUCACAAGGGGAUGCUGCUGGGCGAGGGGUCUGAGGAGACGCGGGGUCACGGGGAGUCACAGGGCAGAGAGGUGCGGCAGGCGGAGGGAGGGCAGGUGAAAGAGGAGGAGCAGGGAGGGCAGCGGAAGGGGCAGGUGAAAGAUGUUGCCGUGCGACCAGGGCAGGCCGGGCAGGUGGUGUUGGGGGUCCAAGGAGGAGGGGGUGGUGUGGGGGCUGUGACUGCUGUGAGUGCUCUGCGCCAGCUGGCGGGCCAUGAUUGGGUGGAGCCUCGAGGCCUGGGGGGGCUAAAUCCGAACGCACGAGGCACGGAGGGGGUGGUAGCGAAGAGGCAAGGAGAAGGAGAAGUUAUGGGGGUUGUGAGUGCGCAGUGCCAGCUGGAGACUGGUGAGUGGGUGGAGCGCAGGAGGCGGGAGAAAAUGGCCGCUGCACUGAAGGGCAUCAGGGAGAGUAUUGGAGCACUAGAGGGUGCUGGGUCGCUCCAGGGCACUUGCACGCCUCAUGACUUGAGGCGCGGGGAACAGCAGGCCGGGACACACAUACUGCAACCGGUCUGUGCUCAUCUGGCGAAGCCCCGAGGGAUGACGGGGCACGCCGUGGAUGCGCUGAGCUGGCGGGAUCUGUACGUGGACUGUGACGUGGCAGACCUGUGGCAGGAGGCUCUCGGCAGCAGCCCGAGAGGGAAUGGUCUUGCUGCUGCUGCUGCUAGUGGUGGUGGUGGUGCCGCUGCUGCUGCAGCUGCUGCUGCUUGUGCUGGUGGGACUGCUGGUGCUGCUUCUGCUCCUGCUCCUGCUGCAACAGCCUCUCACCCUCAUGCCAGUCCGACUACCACACGGCUCAGCGGCCUUCCUCCACGGCCCGCGGGACCAGCGGGGGUAACGAGGGCAGCACAUUCAGUGAGAGCGGGGCAGGUAGCAAGGCAAAUAAGACAAAUAAGGCCAGUGCCGCCAGUGCAAGGAGGAAGGUCAUUACCGCCAGCAGUAGCAAGGAGGCCAGCGAGGCAAGGGCCACCAGUUCGGACAGUGAGGGUUGCCAAGCCCAUCAAGCCGGCGCCUGGUUCGGCGGCCAGGCGAGCGCUCACUGUGGCUGCUGUGCACGGGCAUGCAAGGAUGGGCCAUGCUGUUACCAGUCAUGGCACUCACAGGCAUGCUGGUACUGGUCAUACCACCCCCAUCCAUGGUUAUUCUGCUGCCAACCAUAGUACUGCUGCUGCCCCAAGAGUGCCAAGUCGGGUGGAAAACAAAGCCACAGAGGAGAUUAUAAUGCUUCGGGCAACUCAAAAAGUUCCACAUGCUGCCCAUAACACGGCACCUCCCCUGAAGUUUCAAUCAGGUGCUGGGUGCAACGAGGUUUCCUUAUCAGCUGAUUUGACAUGGGCACAAGCAGGAUCCUCGAUUGCAGACAAAAUCUGUCUGUUUGUCUGAUUUUCAGAACCUUUUUUUGGCCUUCAUCUGAUUUUUUAGAAACCUGUUUUCAGACUUUCUGAUGUCCUAGAAAGUGAUUUUGUAUUCGUCUGGAAAAACAGAAUGGGUGUAU